UGCGAUGAUUCUCUGUGUGGGCUUACUGGGAUUGGAGGUCAUCUGGUACCGCCACUGCACUCUCCGCUAAGCCAAAUUGGAGGACUCUCUGGCCAUAUAAAAGGGACCUUCGGCCUAGGAAAUUCAAAGUGAAUAAGUCAACAAUGCAGCUGGUGCAGUUGGCCAACUUUAUUCUGGACAAUCUCGUGCAAUCGCGGAUUGGAUUCAUUGUGUUCUUUCACUGCUGGCAGAGCGAUGAAAGUUUUCAGUUUGCUCAGCAGUUCACCAAGCCCAUUCAUCCCAUUCUUGCCUAUCAUCAGUUUGUUCAAAUGAAGGGAGUUCAGAACUGGUCACACAUAGAGCUCAAUUACAUGGGACAUUUGCAACCCACCUUAGGGAUCUAUGUGGAUAUAAAGUGUGACCAGGCCCAGGAAUUAUUGGAGGAGGCCAGUCGGGAGCAGAUCUACAAUCAGCAUUACCAUUGGCUUCUGCAUGGCAACCAGUCUGUUUUGGAGUUUUACGAACUUUUUGCACCGUUUAACAUAUCCAUUGAUGCGGAUGUAAGUUAUGUAAAGGAGGAGUUUCAGGCCAACUACUCCUCGGUUGUCUAUGCCGUCUAUGAUGUCUACAACAAUGGCAAAAUCAUUGGUGGUCAGCUGAAUAUGACCGGAUCCCAUGAAAUGUCUUGUGACCCAAAUGAAUGUCGUAGGAUUCGGUAUCUAAGUUCCUUGCAAAAGCGUUCUAAAUAUGGGAACAGGGAGCAGCUAACGGAUGUUGUUCUGAGAGUGGCAACGGUUGUCACCCAACGACCACUCACCUGGUCGGAUGAUGAACUUAUUAGGUUUUUGAGCCAGGAGAACGACACCCACAUAGACUCAUUGGCCAGAUUCGGGUUUCAUUUGACCCUAAUCCUGAGAGACCUGCUACAUUGCGAGAUGAAGUUCAUCUUUUCAGAUAGCUGGAGCAAGUCGGAUGUUGUGGGUGGAUCGGUGGGUGCAGUGGUGGAUCAGUCGGCAGAUAUCACAGCCACGCCUUCUUUGGCCACGGAAGGCAGACUCAAGUAUUUGUCAGCCAUUAUUGAGACGGGCUUCUUCCGGUCGGUUUGUAUUUUCCGAACUCCUCACAAUGCCGGUUUACGGGGAGACGUAUUCCUGCAGCCCUUCAGUCCAUUGGUUUGGUAUCUCUUUGGGGGAGUGCUCUCGCUUAUCGGAGUCCUCCUGUGGAUCACUUUUUAUAUGGAGUGCAAGCGGAUGCGAAAACGCUGGCGAUUGGAUUACCUGCCCUCGCUGCUCACCACUUUUCUGAUCAGUUUUGGGGCAGCAUGCAUCCAAAGUUCGUCAUUGAUUCCACGCUCCGCCGGCGGAAGACUUAUAUACUUUGCCCUGUUCCUGAUUAGCUUUAUCAUGUAUAACUACUACACUUCGGUGGUGGUCUCUUCGCUGCUCAGUUCCCCCGUUAAGUCAAAAAUCAAGACUAUGCAGCAGCUGGCGGAGAGUUCUUUAACCGUGGGCCUAGAACCUCUGCCAUUUACCAAGAGCUAUCUGAAUUACUCAAGACUUCCAGAGAUCCAUUUGUUUAUAAAACGCAAAAUCGACACGCAGACAAUGAAUCCAGAGCUUUGGUUGCCCGCUGAACAAGGUGUCUUAAGGGUUAGGGACAAUCCUGGCUACGUCUACGUGUUUGAGACCUCCUCCGGUUAUGCUUACGUGGAGCGUUACUUUACGGCCCAACAGAUAUGUGACUUGAAUGAGGUUCUGUUCCGACCCGAGCAGUUAUUCUACACGCACUUGCAUCGAAACUCAACGUACAAGGAGCUCUUCAGACUACGACUCCUUAGGGUCCUAGAAACGGGGGUCUAUCGGAAGCAGCGCAGUUACUGGGUCCACAUGAAGCUCCAUUGCGUGGCCCAGAACUUCGUGAUCACCGUGGGAAUGGAAUACGUGGCUCCCCUGCUCCUGAUGCUAAUCUGCGCCGACAUCCUGGUCGUGAUCAUACUGCUGGUGGAACUGGCCUGGAAGCGCUUUCUCACCCGACCCAUCUAUCUCACGUAGUGCUUUAAAAUCCCUUUAAGCUGCUGAAACAACUAUAUACUCUAUUUGCACCCAGGAGAAAAUAAAAACACUUUGCGUUAACUUUUCGCAUCGCGAAAUUA